AUGCUGUCGCGAAGCUUCUGCCAGGUCGUUGCAGGAGUGAACACCUUUGGUCCCACCUUUGGUUCAGUUUUACGGACUUUUGCAACCUCAAGUGUGAAAUGCGGAGAAGCUUUCAACAAAGCUUCAGUGGUGACGUACUCGCAGCUGAAGACCAUGUUGUCCGUCCGUGACAUUCAGCUGUUCGAUGUAUCUGAUGAAUACCAGGCCGGACACAUCCCAGAUGCCGUCAACAUCCCAUUGGGAAACCUGGAAGAGUCCCUGAAGCUGUCCCCAGAGGGCUUUAAGGACACAUUUAAAGUGAAGGCUCCUGGGAAAGAUGACGACAACAUCGUAUUUCAUUGCAGAAGUGGGAAAAGGAGCGCCAAAGCACUGGACACCAGCCGGCAGCUGGGAUUUAGCAGGGCGAGACAUUAUGAAGGAGGCUACAGUGAGUGGGCCGAGAAGAAUGAAGAAAAGUGA